AUGAGCGAACCGUUUCCAGGCUUUAAAUCUUUAGCCCCAUAUUUCGAUAGGGACAGUACCGAAUGGUCAUAUCCCAAUUUUCUAUAUGAGAUGCGAAACGUUAUCUUGGAUAUCGAGCCAUUUAAUGAAGAUUGGGGUGGACUCGACGGAACGUGGUAUAAACGAUAUACGAAACUGGCAAAUAAUGAUGAGAAUGGUUCAGAACGAACGGCUCAACGUAAUUACAUAAAGACUAGUAUUGAAGUAUUAGAUGAAGCACGGACGUAUGGCGCCCAAGAAAUAAUUUCAGAGAUGCCAGAAGCUCUUAGAACGAAACGUUCUUUAACUGGUGGAAUAAUUCCGAAAUCAUCAAAGAAAAUUAAAGUGACAUCUGCGUCUGCUUCCUCCUCAACUGGUGACGAAAAUGCGAUCGAUGAUGAUGGGCAAACAGCCGAUGAAUCCGAAGAAAUUAAUAUCGAAAAAGCAGGAAAGGCAAAAACGUUCGGCGAGUCUCACUCAACAUCUACAAUUCCUACGACUCCUCCUCCUUCAUCUUCCAAUUAUAAACAGCCACGAUUUAUAACUAAUAAUGAAUACAUGGAUAUGGAUUGGUCUCCCUGGCAGUUUGAUGAAAUUAUUUGCGAAAUAGAUAUCGAAGAAAAACUAAUGGGCUUAUUUGAGAAAGAAAAGAAAGCAAGGAAAAAAUCGUCAUUAAGUUAUGGUAUUAUCGACCUGAAUGAUAGUAGAAUCAUGGAUGUCUUGGGACAAUCUGUAAAAGUUUAUUUUGAAGAAAAGAUGAAUAAAUAUAAACCACAGAUCCGUGUCAAAAGAAACUUUGGAAACUUUGAAACAUCAUUGUGGGAGCUUGGAAAAGCUCUUUCAAGUAUCACCAUUAAUUAUGAAAAUCCAAAUAGAGAUACAGAUAAGGGUAUAUUAAAUCUAGAUAGUUCCGAACUACCAGAAGAAUGGUACAACAGCAACAUUGUUGCGCCAUUCUUUGACGAUUGCUUAGCUUCACUUAAUGAUUGUAUUCUCCGACGUGGUGAAAUCGCAAGCAAAGCACAAAAAUUACUCGGAAAUAAAUCAUCAAAAAAGCCAAAAUAUGACGGAGUCUUGUCAUUUAAUAGAAAAAUCGAAUUUAUUUACAUGGAAACAACAACCACAUCGAUCUUAUCAAAAAGAGAUAAAGACUUGUCGAAAUUACAUGAAGCAAUAGCUAUUAUGUUCAAGUUUAUAGUAUCUUCAUUACCAGAGAAAAUUGUAUACGAAAUAUCAGAUUUGCCCAUCCUUUGCAUUCAAUUCUGCGGAACCACAGCUGAUGUAUACCUUGCUAACUGGCCAGUUAAGAUGCGUCCAGUUGUUUGUUCAAUAAUGGACUUUGACAUUCCGGAAACAAGUUGCAUCUUUACCAAGUCUAACGAAAUCGGCUGUAAGAAUGUUAACAUUACGGAGACACAAAAAUCUACCAUCAUUGAUUAUAUUUGGUCACAAUGGGUUUCUGAGGAUUUCGAUGCUGAGGAUCUUAGAUUGGUUAAUUUAUCCCAGCCUUUUAUAAUGAUUAGUCCGAAGUCGACAUUCAUCAAAAAAUUCUUAGAAAAAAGACGCGAAAGGCAAAUUGCAAAUCAAAUUUCUAUUGAUGACAUUUCUUCGAUACCAGAAAUAUAUGUGAAGUUAUUGGAGGUAGAGAUAUUUCGCGAACCCAAUGUCUUAGAAUCAAUACCUCAAGAUUUAUGGAAUGAGUUUGGACAAUGGGCAUGUUUUAUUAAUAAGAAUCAGAAGCUUUUAGAAGAUCACGAAAUUCCAGAAAUGUUCCAGCGACAUCCAAAGGAUAAACUUGUGAUUGCGAACGAAACGACAAAAAAAAUCAUAAAUAAUGUUUACCUCGACGGCUAUAAAUAUAUUUCAAAACCAUGGUGUAUUAAAAACGUUUUUGUAUCUGCGAGAGUUGCGCAAUCUGCGGUGGAUGAUUAUUAUAAGCACACUCGCAAACAUGUCAGUUAUCAGAGUAACCAGUUUAUCAAUAACCUGGCAGAACAAUUCGGUUGUUUGACGAAUAGCAAUAUAGAGCCUUAUGUUACGGCAAGCACGGCAUUCAACCAUUCCCAGGACCAUCGGAGUUGCGUGAAUAAAUUGAUGCGAGAACUUCAACCAUUAUCAGACGCAGUUAACGAUUAUCUUGGUGUUUCUUAUCCAGUGUUGUAUGCUAAGAUGAAAAAACUUAAUCUAGGUUCCAAUGUUCCUAAAUGUUUUG